CAAUUUCAGUUUGUCCAUUUCUUCAACGGAUUGAAUAUUGCAUACUUCAAACAAACCCUUUGAAGUCCCCGCCGGUGAUCUCGCCGCCACGAAUUCAAUUUGCUGACAACUCUUUUCCCACACCCAUUUAGGGUUCUACCCAUUUUUUUAAUCCAACGACGUGUUCACAUCGUAGUCAACGACUUUUCAAUCCAAUGCCAGCUCCAUUAAAUUGAACAUAUAUGCAAUCAACGAUGGCCACAAGGUGCAUUAGGGCUCGUGAACUCAUUCUUCGGACUACAACCAACAAGAUGAUGAUGGGUUCGAGCCACAGCUGUAGUAGUAGUAGCAUUUCUCGUUCACUCCUCCCACAAACUUUCAUCAGUGGUUCACAGAGUUUCAGUAAUCGUGUUUUAGUCAGACAGCUUGCCAUCCAACCGCCAAAUUCAUGGGGUGGUUCAAGGAACUCUACGCGCUUUUUCAGACAAUUAACUGCGUUUGUCUCGGAUUUCUCCUCUAUUCCCCCGAAAAAACCUGGUUCAGUGUCAAAUGGGGUUGCUUCAUUAACAACAUCAAGCGGAGAACAAGGAACAAAGCAGAAAAAGGAAGAUGAUGAAAAGAAUCUUGUUACAAAAGGGGAUGAAAUUAGUAACACCAAGAUUCUUAGUACACUUGCAAAAAUCUUGUGGAUGAAAGAUAACUUGGAGUUCAAGCUGCGAGUACUCACUGCCUUAGGUUUCUUGGUUGGUGCCAAGGUAAUGAAUGUUCAAGUUCCAUUCUUGUUCAAGCUAGCUGUUGAUUGGCUAACAACAGCAACAGGGAAUCCUACUUCAAUUGCAGAGUUUGCAGCUUCUAAUCCAACAGCUUUAGCUGUUUUUGUGAGUCCUGCAGCUGUGUUGAUUGGUUAUGGUAUAGCAAGAACAGGGGCUUCUGCUUUCAACGAAUUGAGAACUGCAGUGUUUUCAAAGGUGGCACUUCGGACCAUUAGAUCAGUUUCAAGGAAAGUAUUUGCACAUUUGCAUGAACUUGAUCUACGAUAUCAUCUAAGUCGAGAAACUGGGGCUUUAAAUCGGAUUAUUGAUCGUGGUAGUCGAGCUAUUAAUUUCAUCCUUUCAGCCAUGGUAUUCAAUGUUGUUCCAACAGUAUUAGAGAUUGUGAUGGUAGGAGGUAUUCUUGCGUACAAAUUUGGAUCAGUGUUUGCAUUGAUUACAUCUUUGUCUGUUGCUGCAUACGUUGCCUUCACUUUGACUAUAACACAAUGGAGAACUAAAUUCAGGAAGAUUAUGAACAAAGCUGACAAUGAUGCAAGCACAAGGGCAAUCGAUUCUCUUAUAAAUUAUGAGACUGUGAAGUAUUUCAACAAUGAGCAGUUUGAAGCUGAUGAGUAUGAUAAGUAUUUAAAGAGGUAUGAAGAUGCUGCCUUGAAGACACAACGUAGUCUUGCUAUUUUAAACUUUGGUCAAAGUUUAGUAUUCAGUACUGCUCUUUCGGCUGCUAUGGUGUUGACUUCAAAUGGCAUAUUGAAUGGUCAAAUGACUGUUAUGGUGAAUGGGCUCUUAUUCCAACUGUCUCUUCCUCUCAAUUUCCUUGGAAGUGUGUAUCGUGAAACUGUGCAGAGUCUUGUUGACAUGAAAUCCAUGUUUCAGCUGCUUGAGGAGAAGGCGGAAAUGUUCAUUUCAGUUAUCUACCAGAAAGAAAGAUUCUUGAUGGGAUAUCUUUUGUGGUUCCAUCUGGGAAAAAGUGUGGCUAUUGUUGGAACUAGUGGCAGUGGUAAAUCAACUGUCCUUAGGAUGAUAUUCAGGUUCUUUGACACCAAUUCUGGCACGGUGAGGGUAGAUGGUCAAGAUGUACGAAAAGUUACGCUCGAAAGCCUUAGAAAAUAUAUUGGCGUGGUCCCGCAGGAUACGGUAUUAUUCAACGAUACAAUUUUUCACAACAUCCAUUAUGGUCGUCUUUCAGCUACACCUGAAGAGGUGUAUGAUGCUGCUCGAAAAGCAGCAAUUCAUGACACUAUUAUGAACUUCCCCCAAAAAUACUCCACUCUAGUUGGUGAACGUGGUCUCAAGCUUAGUGGGGGUGAGAAACAAAGAGUGGCUCUGGCUCGUGCCUUCCUGAAAGCUCCUCCUAUUUUGCUGUGUGAUGAAGCAACAAGUGCUCUGGAUAGCACAACAGAGGCAGAGAUACUGACGGCAUUAAGGUCACUUGCCAAUAACCGAACAGCAGUCUUUGUUGCUCAUAGGCUUACAACUGCAAUGCAGUGCGACCAGAUUAUUGUGCUGGAGAACGGGAGGGUGGUGGAGCAGGGUGCUCAUGAAGCUCUGUUGUCAAAUGGUGGUAGAUAUUCACAACUCUGGUCACAGCAAAACAACACAGUUGAUGCUCUUGAUGCAGCUAUCCCAUCAAAUUAGAUUACAAGCUUAAAAUUAUUAUUAUUCUUCAUGUUGAUGGAUUUUUGUUUCUUUAAAAAACAAAAAACAUACCUAGUCAAAUCAUUUUUCAGCUACUUGUAUAGUUUUUCUUGUGUUAAUGUUGAUGGCUGUGUCAUACGUUGUGUAAAUCUUCUCCAGUUUUACUUUUACAAUAUCCAUCCAAUUUGUUUCAACUGAGC